CUCCCGCGCCACCUUCUUCUCUUCUCCCCUCCCUCCCUCCCUCCCCCCCGCUCCUCCUCUGUCUUCCACUCAUCCUCACACAACCUAGAAGAGCAGACGAGGCAGCUAGCUUCAGGUUCUUGGUCUCCGUUGAUCCUCUCCUCCCACCCAGACCCUGCUCGGCCUCUUCUCUCUUGCCGAGAGAGAGAGAGAGAGAGAGAGAGAGAGAUACAGGGGAGCCAGCUACCUCCGGCCGCCGCCAGGCAGGCAGAGAGGGAGGGCGCGCCCGGCAUUAUGGCGGCGGGGCAGCAGCAGGCGAGCGGCGGCGCCAAGCACGGGUGCGUGUGCGGGUUCCCCGUGUGCGCGUGCGCCGGCGCCGCGGCGGUGGCGUCCGCCGCGUCCUCCGCCGACAUGGACCGCGUGGCCGUGGCCGCCACCGAGGGCCAGAUCGGCGCCGUCAACGACGAGAGCUGGAUCGCCGUCGACCUCAGCGACGACGGCCUGUCCGCCGACGGCGCCGACCCGGGCGUCGCGCUCGAGGACCGCCCCGUCUUCCGCACCGAGAAGAUCAAGGGCGUCCUCCUCCACCCCUACAGGGUGCUGAUCUUCGUCCGGCUGAUCGCGUUCACGCUGUUCGUAAUCUGGCGCAUCUCGCACCGCAACCCGGACGCGCUGUGGCUGUGGGUGACGUCGAUCGCGGGCGAGUUCUGGUUCGGCUUCUCGUGGCUGCUGGACCAGCUGCCGAAGCUGAACCCGAUCAACCGCGUGCCGGACCUGGCGGCGCUGCGGCAGCGGUUCGACCGCGCGGGCGGGGGCGCCGGCGGAGGGACGUCGCUGCUGCCGGGGCUGGACGUGUUCGUGACGACGGCGGACCCGUUCAAGGAGCCGAUCCUGAGCACGGCCAACUCCGUGCUGUCCAUCCUGGCCGCCGACUACCCCGUGGAGCGCAACACGUGCUACCUCUCCGACGACUCCGGGAUGCUGCUCACCUACGAGGCCAUGGCGGAGGCCGCCAAGUUCGCCACCGUCUGGGUGCCCUUCUGCCGCAAGCACGGCAUCGAGCCGCGCGGCCCCGAGAGCUACUUCGACCUCAAGUCCCACCCUUACAUGGGCCGCUCCCAGGAGGACUUCGUCAACGACCGCCGCCGCGUGCGCAAGGACUACGACGAGUUCAAGGCGCGCAUCAACGGCCUCGACCACGACAUCAAGCAGAGGUCCGACGCGUACAACGCCGCCAGGGGGCUCAAGGACGGCGAGCCCAGGGCAACCUGGAUGGCCGACGGCACCCAGUGGGAGGGCACAUGGGUUGAGCCCUCCGAGAACCACCGCAAGGGAGACCACGCCGGCAUCGUACUGGUGCUUCUGAACCACCCGAGCCACAGCCGUCAGCUCGGCCCGCCGGCGAGCGCGGACAACCCGCUGGACUUGAGCAUGGUGGACGUGCGGCUCCCGAUGCUGGUGUACGUGUCCCGCGAGAAGCGGCCCGGGCACAACCACCAGAAGAAGGCCGGCGCCAUGAACGCGCUGACCCGGUGCUCCGCGGUGCUGUCCAACUCGCCCUUCAUCCUCAACCUGGACUGCGACCACUACAUCAACAACUCGCAGGCGCUGCGCGCGGGCAUCUGCUUCAUGCUCGGCCGCGACAGCGACACGGUGGCCUUCGUGCAGUUCCCGCAGCGCUUCGAGGGCGUGGACCCCACGGACCUGUACGCCAACCACAACCGCAUCUUCUUCGACGGCACGCUCAGGGCGCUGGACGGCAUGCAGGGCCCCAUCUACGUGGGCACGGGCUGCCUGUUCCGCCGCAUCACGCUCUACGGCUUCGACCCGCCGCGGAUCAACGUGGGCGGGCCGUGCUUCCCGGCGCUGGGCGGCAUGUUCGCCAAGGCCAAGUACGAGAAGCCCGGGCUGGAGCUCACCACCACCAAGGCCGCCGUGGCCAAGGGCAAGCACGGCUUCCUGCCCAUGCCCAAGAAGUCGUACGGCAAGUCGGACGCGUUCGCGGACACCAUCCCGAUGGCGUCGCACCCGUCGCCGUUCGCGGCCGCCUCGGCCGCCUCCGUCGUGGCGGACGAGGCGACCAUCGCCGAGGCCGUGGCGGUGUGCGCGGCGGCGUACGAGAAGAAGACCGGGUGGGGCAGCGACAUCGGGUGGGUGUACGGCACGGUGACGGAGGACGUGGUGACGGGGUACCGGAUGCACAUCAAGGGGUGGCGGUCCCGCUACUGCUCCAUCUACCCGCACGCCUUCAUCGGCACCGCCCCCAUCAACCUGACGGAGCGGCUGUUCCAGGUGCUCCGCUGGUCGACGGGUUCCCUGGAGAUCUUCUUCUCCCGGAACAACCCGCUGUUCGGGAGCACGUUCCUGCACCCGCUGCAGCGCGUGGCGUACAUCAACAUCACGACGUACCCGUUCACGGCCAUCUUCCUCAUCUUCUACACGACGGUGCCGGCGCUGUCGUUCGUGACGGGGCACUUCAUCGUGCAGCGGCCCACCACCAUGUUCUACGUGUACCUGGCCAUCGUGCUGGGCACGCUGCUGAUCCUGGCCGUCCUGGAGGUGAAGUGGGCGGGCGUGACGGUGUUCGAGUGGUUCAGGAACGGGCAGUUCUGGAUGACGGCCAGCUGCUCCGCGUACCUGGCCGCGGUGUGCCAGGUGCUGGUGAAGGUGGUGUUCAGGCGGGACAUCUCGUUCAAGCUGACGUCGAAGCAGCCCGCGGGGGACGAGAAGAAGGACCCCUACGCAGACCUGUACGUGGUGCGCUGGACCUGGCUCAUGGUGACGCCCAUCAUCAUCAUCCUCGUCAACAUCAUCGGCUCCGCCGUGGCCUUCGCCAAGGUGCUGGACGGCGAGUGGACGCACUGGCUCAAGGUGGCCGGCGGCGUCUUCUUCAACUUCUGGGUGCUCUUCCACCUCUACCCUUUCGCCAAGGGCAUCCUGGGGAGGCACGGCAAGACCCCCGUGGUGGUGCUCGUCUGGUGGGCCUUCACCUUCGUCAUCACCGCCGUGCUGUACAUCAACAUCCCCCACAUCCACGGGCCAGGCGGCAAGCACGGCGGCGCGAUCGGAAGGCACGGCGGCGACGCACACCACCAUGGCAAGAAGUUCGACGGCUACUACCUCUGGCCGUGAAGCGCCGAGCAGCCAGCAUCGUCAUGCAUGCACAUAUACCGCCUGCCCUGAUGGUGACGAUGGUGAGCCGCCAAGGUGAAGACUGAAGAGUACGUUCCCGUUCAUCCAUCCAUCGUCUCCUUAGUACUGCUGCCCGGUGAUUAGUCGAUGAAGAGUGAAGGUGAAGGCUACCCACACACACACAUUUGGUCGACGUACCCGCCAAAAUUUGAAUUUUUUUUCUUCCCCCUUCUUCCUUCUCAUUCUUUUUUCUUUUAGUUUUGUCCAGAAAUCGAAAGGUGUGUUGAUUUGAUUUAGUUUUUUUAAUUACCGUGCCCCGUGGUAAUUAAUUAUGUACGUACUUAUAUAUAUAUACAUUACGCCGAAGAGGAAGGAGCACUUUGUAUAAGAGAGGAAUGGGGAACGUACUUAUGGGUGGGGGGCCGGGGUGUCAGCGUCUGCCUGUCUGUACUGUACAUGGCUUAGAGGAGUCACAUGCAGAGAGGGAGGGCCCUGGCUUUGGGGUGGUAUUCUUUUGGUACAUGGAUCAAGAAUAAAUUGAAUUUCAUUCUUGUUGUUUGGAAAAGAGGUGUACACCCUCCUCCCUCCUGGACUCUGGUUCCUGUGGAGAGUAUGUAUCUUUAUUAUUACUGAUGUACCACCUGUGUGUUGUCGGUACUGUAAUUGGAUAGUAAGUACUACACUGAUCUGCUGGUCUAAUCAAUGUUGUUGUUUUAUAUGGAUAAUAAUAAUGAUUAGUAAGUCAAUGGUGAACA